AUGGGGUUUGGGAAAAAGAAUGCAAUUAAAGCAGGGAGUUUGGAUGUUGAUAAGUCAAAGGUUGAUGUUGUAAAGAAAGAGAGAAGAUGGCGGUUUAGAUUCAGUUUCAUUGGAUGUUGCAAAUCUUCAACAUCAAAAAUUGAUAGUAACUCAAUUUUUUGCAAUGCUACUACUAGUACACAAAAUGGUGAUAAUGUCAAGUCAGUUGUAAUUCAAUCAGAGGAAAACAAAUCUGUAUUUGAAACAGACACAAAGGAUUCAAGUGCUCCUGCAGAUUCAUCUACAACAACUAGUAAUGGUGAAAGUAUCUCCUCGACUUCGAAAUUCAGCGAGGAGUUAAAGUUUGCUUCUUGUUUAAGAAAAUUCACAUUCAAUGGACUUAAGGUAGCAACUAGGAAUUUCAGACCGGAGAGUCUUCUAGGUGAGGGAGGGUUUGGUUGUGUUUUCAAAGGUUGGAUUGAAGUGAAUGGAACUGCGCCAGUGAAACCGGGUACCGGACUUACGGUUGCUGUUAAGAUUCUCAAUCAUAAUGGACAUCAAGGUCACAAAGAAUGGCUUGCUGAAUUAAACUAUCUCGGCGAUCUUGUUCAUCCUAAUCUUGUUAAAUUGAUAGGUUUUUGUAUAGAAGAUGACCAAAGAUUAUUGGUUUACGAGUUUAUGCCGCGAGGAAGUUUGGAGAAUCACCUCUUCAGAAGGCCGUUGCCUCUACCUUGGUCAAUCAGAAUGAAAAUUGCGCUUGGUGCUGCAAAAGGUCUUGCUUUUCUCCACGAAGGAGCUCAAAGGCCCGUGAUAUAUCGCGAUUUCAAGACAUCUAAUAUUCUAUUAGAUGCGGAAUACAACGCGAAGCUUUCUGACUUUGGACUCGCUAAAGAUGCUCCCGAGGGUGAAAAAACACAUGUAUCAACAAGAGUAAUGGGAACGUAUGGUUAUGCUGCUCCGGAAUAUGUGAUGACCGGACAUUUGUCAUCGAAAAGUGAUGUCUACAGCUUUGGAGUAGUACUUCUCGAAAUGCUCACCGGCCGACGAUCCAUUGACAAGAAAAGACCAAACGGAGAGCACAAUCUUGUGGAAUGGGCAAGACCUAUACUUGGAGACAGGAGGAUGUUCUACCGAAUAAUCGAUCCCCGUCUCGAAGGUCACUUCUCAGUUAAAGGAGCACAGCAAGCAGCACAGCUGGCUGCUCAAUGCCUUAGCCGCGACCCAAAAUCUAGACCUUUGAUGAGUGAUAUUGUUCAAGCUUUAAAGCCUUUGCCAAACCUUAAGGAUAUGGCUGUAUCAUCUCAUCAAUUCAAGGUCGCGCGAGUUGAUCGUACCAUGUCCAUGCCGAAUCCUAAAAACAGUGUUAGAACAGAUUUAGCAUCUUUACCGAAAAAGGGUCAGCCUGUUAGGACGUUGUCGAGUUCAAAUUACGGUAACGGCUCUCCAUAUCCUCGUUAUAGCAAGUCUCCGAAACCUACCUAA